AUGAGUAACAAUGAGGGCACAUCGUCCUAUACUGCUGAUUUCCGAAACAUUUUUGGGUCCGAUGUGGGCAACAAAGAGGAGAAUGGUGAAGAAAUGAGCGGUCGUGGGCACCGAGCAGAGACUGCUAGGGGGAACGGUGAUAUGCACGAAUCAGCGAUAUCUGUACCGCCGAGUUCACUGCUUGCGGUAGAGGGUACUUCCUUCAACCACAUGAACCAGAGGAAUGAAGGUGAUGAUAUAACCCCGAGUAUCCUUUUGGAGCAGCUGGCGUAUGUGGACAACUUUUUGCCCUCCUUGGAGCAGGACUUCGCGAAUCUUGACUCUUGGGUGAUGGGAGGCAACGAAUUUGGUAGUGCAAAUACACCGACCAGUCAGGGAAUACAGCACCAUAAUGCAAUGGGUGUCGAUGAAAGGCUGGCCUUGGAGUUGAACGCAUUUGCUGAUGAUUCAUUUAUAUUCCCCGAUGAAGAUAAGAGUCAGAUGCUAGGCCACGGCAAAGAAGGUGACUCCGAUGACGAAGAAGGGGGUGUUGAUGCUAGUGACAGCAAUAAAAACAAUAACAACAAUAACAACAAUAACAACAAUAACAACAAUAACAACAAUAAUAACAAUAAUAACAAUAAUAACAGUUAUAAUAGUAUCAAUAAUAACAAUAAUAAUAAUAAUAGUAGUAGUGGGAACAGUAAUAAUACAGGAUCUCAUUUCCUAACACAGAGACGAAAUACUUUUUUAACGUCACAAUAUGAUCAUUCCAAAUCUAGAUUUUCAGCAAGAAAACGCCAAAAGGUGGAUCAAAAUAACGAUGAUGAAACAACAAGCAAUCACUCAUCUUCAUCAAAUCAAGAUCAUGGUGGAUUUUCAAAUUUUGACGUCAUUCCGAACAACGGCGACGCAAGCAAUAUGAUGAGUAACCUUUAUUCACCUAGCAUAUCUUCACCUUUGAAUAAUUUAAGAGCGUCUCAAUCGUUAUCCACACUAAACAGCGGCAAUGUGACUCCCGGCCCGCCGUUUAUUGAAGGAGUCUCGGGUAAUGAUGCCAAUCCUCAAAUACAAAUGCCAGAUUACUCAACAAUUCCAACCUCCACCUUGGUUUCUUUAUUACCCAAAGUCAAAGUACCGCCGAAUGCCUAUAAAAAUUUGAUUGAUCAAGGGUUAGACUCUGACCAGAUAAAUGCAAUUGCUGUCAUAAUCGCACAUCAUCAACGAGAGAAAAUGAAAGAGAAUCGUAAUGCCAACGUACAAUAUCAACAAGCAUCGCAUAAUUCGAAUGAUGCUUCAAGAAGUGCAAGUUUUUUAUUAGACGUUUUAUCUAGAGGCAAUUCGACAAGGGAUAUAGCUGAUAACUCUCAAACAGAAAAGAAAAAAGAUGAAAAGCUCCCAUCCUUGGAGAAUAAUGAGUACUUUGCUGAGAACGUAUCAAGUAGAACUUCUAAGGAAAGUACACCAAGGGCAGAAAAGCCUCCUACAAAUUCUGUGAUCAAACAGGAAGAACCAUUCUCUAUUGCAAACCCUGGGCGAAGAGAAGGCAGCGCUAGCGAAGGUAAAUCAACGGCAAUGAGGAAACAAAAUGUACGAGAUUCGUCAGCUCAGGUACCGACUACCCGGAAAUCUCACCAGAAGAGAAAACUGAAAGAAAAUGAAUUAGAGGCCUCUGUUCAUGAGCUUAGCGAACUAGCAAUCUCGCUGCAGCAAAAGAUACACACUUUAGAAAUGGAAAAUAAUCUAUUGAAGAAUUUGGUUACUUCAAGUGGUGAAUUAGAAGGCAUUGAGAAAGCCGAAAACAUGAGGAAGGGGGUUUUUGCAAAGAUAGUAAAUGGGAGUAAAGACGAGACUUAUGACUGUGCAUAA